GAUAGAGAGAGAAACAUGAGCGUUUAGGUUUUUCCCAUUUCCCUUCUUUUCUCUUGCAGUACAGCAGCAGACACGCAGAGGUGAAGAAGAAGAAAGGCUAUCUCCCUGCAACCUAGGGCUUUAAACUCACUUUAGGGUUGGGAUUAGGGUUUGUACAUCACUAAUUUUUAACUUAUAUUGUCGACUGUAGGGUGAGGUUGCUUUCAUUCGUUUGGAUUUGGAGAUGUUGAGGUCGAUCCUCUGUGUUACAGAGACGUGAUACCUUAGGUUCACCCGAUUUCUGUGCUGUUUCAUUUCUCUCUUUUUUUGUUUUGGUGUUCUGUUGUUAUUGUUGAAAUCUAGGGUUUCUGCUCCUUAAUGGAUGAGGUUUGGGAGAGGGCCGUGGAAACGGCGCUCGAUGGCCAAACCGAUUGCGCUUCUGCACGUUCCCUAACCCUGGAUGGCGCAGUGAAAUGCGUCCAGGGCCGUCUUCCUCCUCCAAUCUUGUUAGAGAAAUUUGAGAAUCUUGAGCACCUCUCCAUUGCAAACGUUGGUGUCUCUUCCCUGGAGAAGUUUCCCCGUCUUCAAAAUCUACAGAAGCUCAUCCUAUCUGACAAUCGUAUUGCUGGUGGCCUUGAAUUUCUCGUGGAAGCCGGUCUGGAGUCGUUGCGUGACCUUGACCUCUCUAACAAUCGAAUCCAAUACCUGGAAGACCUGACUCCACUUGCGCAGCUCAAGCUUGUCUCGCUCGAUCUCUAUGAGUGUCCUGUCACGCGGAUCAAAGAAUAUCGAUCUAAGGUCUUCGGCUUGAUCAAAUCUCUUAAGUACUUGGACAAGAUGGAUGCUGAUGAGAAUGAGCGCCCGGAGUCCGAUGAGGAGGAGGAAGAUGAAGAAGAUGACGAAGAGGAUGAUCCUGGUAGUGGAGAAAUUGACGGUGAAGAUCGAUCGGGGAAGAUGGGUAAUGGUGGCAGCGUUGGAGGUGGAAGAGUCCUGGUCGAUGUUGAUGAGGAUGAGGAGAGUGAUGCUGAUGAGGAGGAGACGGAGAUAACCAGAGUUGCUAAUGGGUCGAGUUCGCAUCAUCAGUCUAAUGGGUAUCGGGUGGCGGCCUCGACAGAUGGAGACGAGGAUGAGGAGGAUGUAGAAGAUGAAGAAGAUGAUGGUUUGGGUGAGGAGAUUGAUGAAGACGAUGCUGAAGAGGAGGAUGUUGUCGAGGUUCAUGAGAUUGAGGACAGUGAUGAUGAGGAAGAUGGGGUCGAAGAGGAUGAUGGUGGUGAUGACGACGAGGAUGACGAAGAGGAGGAGGUUGAGGACGACGAAGAAGAUGCGGAGCCUGGAAGUACGGGGCGCCUGACUAGCACUGAAGGUGAGAUUGAUGGUCAUGAGCAGGGAGAGGAAGACGAAAACGGAGAGAUUGGGGAGGAGGAGCAGGGUGUGGAAGAAGGAGAUUAUGAAGAUGAUGAUGGUGACGAUGAGGAAGAAGAUUUUGGAGCCGAGUACCUGAUUCAGCCAAUUGGGCAGGCUGAAGAUGCUGGAGGUAGUGAUUUGGAGCCAGUGAAUGAAGAGGAUGAUGCAGAGGAGGAGGAGGUUGCAGACGAAGAGGAUCUGUGUGACAAGGUGCAGCUCCAUCCGUCGACUUCUUCCCAGGCUAAGAGGAAGAGAGGUGAAGAUGAUGAUGAUGAUGCUGAUGAUGAUGAUGACGACGACGAUGACGACGAUGGUGUUGAAGAUGCCAAGUCAUCCAGGCACCAUUAACAGUUUGUCCUCUGUUUUCAUGGAUGCCCUUGUCUCACUUUGCAGGGAAGGAAUGAAGAGGAGAGAGGAAGAAGGCUUGGAGAUUGUUGAAGACUGAUUGUCAGCUUUCUUCAUGGACAAAAUUAUGUUGUGUGGGUGGUACUUGGUUCAAAAAGUCGUUAGUGGUUUUGUCCCCGCAUAUACUUCAUCGUAUAUAGCCGUUGGUUGUUUUUUCAAAUAUCAGUUAUGAGCGGUUGAUGCCCUUUCGCAGAUC